AUGUGGGAUUUAUAUCCACUGUUGCAGUUUGGUUCUCUUCAUGGUUCCAAAAUCCGUCUUCAGACAAUAGAUGAAGAAGAGGCCAAUGAGGACGAAGAAGCUGAGCCUGUUCUUGCUGAUGCAUCUAGUUUCUUUCUAGGACUUACUCAAGUGAGGAAGCUCUACUUGGUUGCAGAUACUAUUGAGGUGCUUACAUUCCACUGUGAGCAAAUACCCGUAUUCGAACACCUCAUGACACUGGAUAUUGAGUGUCAUAUGACUCUAGGAUGGGGAUUACUACCAAACCUGCUCAACAACUCUCCACAACUUCAAGCCCUUGUCCUACAUAGACUCUUCCAUGACAAUACUGAUACAUGUGGACAGUUGUGUCCCUGUAGAGCUGCCGAUCUUUCUUGCUUAUCAACAUCCCCAGUGAAGAUGGUUAAGAUUUUUGAACAUGAUAACGAAGCUGAUGUUGAUGAAGCAAGGUUUCUCAACUACAUCAAGCAUUUCUUGAAGAAAAUGCCCCAGCUUGCUGAUCUCAUUGUGUAA